AUGGCUUCAAAAUCUAAAUCAGGUAUGGCCAAUGGAUCCGUCGAUGCUCCAGCGGCCAAGAAGUCUAGAUUAAACAAAGAUCCAGUGAUAUCGGAGAUAUUUGAGAGUUUAGAGUACGGCCCGGCUCCUGAGGCCUCUAGUGCUGUGAAUGCAUGGUUGGACCAACACGAUCGCUUGUUUGGGCAUUUCAUUAAUGGAAAAUGGGUGAAGCCUAAAGGAAGGAAGACUUAUGACUCGAAAAAUCCUGCUACAGGAGAAGUUCUUGCAACAACGAUCCAAGGAGACAAAAAAGAUGUAGACCAAGCCGUAUCAGCAGCAAGAGAAGCAUUUCAGAGCUGGAGUAAAACACCCAGCCAUGUGCGUGCAAGGUACAUGUACAGCAUUGCUCGUCACGUGCAAAAGCAUGCUCGGUUGAUUGCUGUACUUGAAAGUAUGGAUAAUGGCAAGGCCAUCCGAGAGACUCGUGAUUGCGAUAUACCAAACGUUGCAAGACAUCUAUAUCAUUAUGCGGGCUGGGCACAACUGAUGGACACUGAGAUGAAAGGUUGGAAGCCAGUGGGAGUUGUUGGAGGAAUCGUCCCAUGGAACUUUCCACUAAUGCUCCUGUGUUGGAAGGUAUGUCCAGCCAUAGCUAUGGGGAACACAGUCGUCCUCAAGCCUGCUACAUACACCCGCUUGUCUGCUCUACUCUUUGCCGAGAUUUGUGCCGAGGCAGGGCUACCUCCUGGGGUCUUUAAUGUCGUCACUGGUAAUGGUGCGUUUGGGAGCAGUCUGGCAACUCAUUCUGAUGUGGACAAGGUCGCAUUCACUGGCUCAACAGGGGUUGGAAAGGUUCUGCGGCAGUUAACAGCAGGCACUGGGAAGAAACUGUCCCUUGAGCUUGGUGGAAAGUCACCAUUCAUAGUAUUUGAAUCUGCUGAUCUUGACAGUGCUGUGGAGGGAGUAGUAGAUGCCAUCUGGUUCAACCAGGGUCAGGUUUGCAGUGCUGGUUCAAGGUUGAUUGUCCAAGAGACAGUUGCACAACAAAUGAUUCUAAAACUCAAAGAGCGCAUGUCCCAUCUACGACUAGGUGACCCCCUCGAUAAAUGUAUCGACAUGGGAGCUCUUGUCGACCAAACUCAGCUGAAUUCUGUGUCGAAAUUUGUUGAAGAAGCCAUAGCUGAUGGGGCAGAGGUUUAUCAAGACUAUGCCAGUAAGCCAUCUAGUGGUUGCUUCUACCCACCCACCCUUAUAACAAAUGUCCAACCAGUCUCCAAGAUUGUCAUUGAAGAGGUGUUUGGUCCCGUCCUUGUCGUACUAACAUUCAGAACACCAAAAGAAGCUAUUGCGUUGGCCAAUAACACCAACUAUGGUCUAGCAGCAAGUGUGUGGAGUGAGAACCUGUCUCUCUGUCUAGAGGUGGCUAUGAGUAUGAAAGCGGGAGCAGUGUGGGUAAAUGGACACAACCUGUUUGAUGCUGCGGCUGGGUUUGGAGGGUACAGAGAGAGUGGAUAUGGACGUGAUGGAGGAAAAGAGGGAUUGUACGAGUAUGUCUGCCCUGCCUGGCAAGAGAGACCACAACCAAACGUACAAGACUAUGAUAUCAAGAAGUUUGGUUCUACUACCCCUGCAGCAGUGUUGAACCCGAACAAGAAUCCUGUCAAGAUUGCUGGUAAAGAGAACAAAGAUGGGGUAACAACUCCAAGUAUUGAUCACACCUACAAGAUGUACAUUGGAGGAGCACAAAAGCGACCAGAUGGCAACUACUCGAGACCAAUCAUGAACCCGUCAGGGGAGGUGAUAGCACAAGUAUCUGACGGCAACAGAAAAGACAUCAGGGACGCUGUUGAAGCUGCGCACAAAGCUGCUCCAGGAUGGGGCAAAAGAGCCGCUCACAACAGAGCACAGAUAGUCUACUACAUGGCCGAGAACCUAGAGUUGAGACAUGACGAGAUAUCUCAGCGACUCACAGACAUGACAGGCCGCAGUCUCGAGGAUUCGAAAGCUGAAGUGGAUGCCGCUAUAGAGAGGCUGUUUUACUAUGGUGCAUAUGCUGAUAAAUAUGGAGGUUCUGUUCAGGAAACUCCUUUUUAUGGUGCAACAGUCAAGGUUCACGAGCCAGUGGGAGUGAUCGGUAUCGCGUGCCCUGACGAAUGUCCGUUGCUAGGAUUUGUCUCCUUGCUCGCACCGGCUGUCAUACGAGGGAACACGGUUGUAGUUAUCCCUUGCGAGAAGCAUCCAUUGGUUGCUAUGGAUAUGUAUCAGGUGUUCGACACUUCAGAUCUCCCUGGAGGUGUAGUGAACAUAGUGACAGGUGACAGAGACCAUCUCACCAAGUAUCUCACAGAACACCAAGAUGUCCAGGCAAUGUGGUACUUUGGCACAGCCGAGGGAAGCAAGUUUGUAGAAUACACUUCGGCAGUGAAUGUCAAGCGUACCAUGGUCAACUAUGGUUUAGCCAGGAAUUGGCUGGACAAAGAACAAGGUCAAGGAGAGGAAUUCUUAUUCAAUUCAGUUGAAUGUAAAAACAUUUGGCUCCCAAUGGGAGACAUAUUUGCAAACUAAGAUACUUUAUAAAUAAUGUUUUGGCAUUAGUAUAGGAAAUCGCACGUAACAAAAUUUCAGUAAAAAAUGCGAAGCGACGCCGUUCAUCUUUGUUUAUUUGGCGGCCGAUUUUCAGUCCAUCGCGCAACUGAAAUGCAUAAAAAAGGUUAGUUCUUGUUAGUUUUUACGGCUUUUUUUUUUUUUUUUGCAGCUGUUGACAUUGUUUUGGCCGUGUUGC